GCCGUGCCGCGCGAGCCGUUGGGCCUGACUCUGAGAAGGCGUCUCUGCCGCCGCCGCUGCCGCCGUAGCUGCCGCCAGUUAAUAUUAGGAGCGGGAGCGAGCGCAGCGUGGCGAUGGGCGGGGAUAGAGCCCCGCCGGAGAGGCUGGGCGGCCGCCGGUGACAGACCAUACUGUAUCCGAGGCGCCUCCUGCAUGUCCUGCUGUCCUGAGCUGUCCCAAGCUAGGUGACAGCGUGUUAAUGCUGCCACCAUGAAUGAGGUAUCUGUCAUCAAAGAAGGCUGGCUCCACAAACGUGGUGAAUACAUCAAGACUUGGAGGCCCCGUUACUUCCUUCUGAAGAGUGACGGCUCUUUCAUUGGGUAUAAGGAGAGGCCUGAGGCCCCUGACCAGACCUUACCCCCUCUGAACAAUUUCUCUGUAGCAGAAUGCCAGCUGAUGAAGACUGAGAGGCCGCGACCCAACACGUUUGUCAUACGCUGCCUACAGUGGACCACGGUCAUCGAGAGGACCUUCCAUGUAGACUCUCCAGAUGAGAGGUGCUCAAAGGUAAUUCUCUUUGCCACUUACUUCCCGGAGCUGACCCUCCCUGCAGGAGGUGACCCAGGUCAUCCAGCAGCUGUGGCUCUGAUCCUGGCUAACCACGUGCUCGAUGGGGGUGGGCUACAGGCCUGGCCCAAUGAUUUACAGCCCCAGGAACUGGAGCCCCUGGAACCAUGA